AUGGCUGACAUGCAAAAUUACCAAAAGUUUUUAGACCAAGGACAAUAUUCCAAACACGGUCUUGAAAAGUACGAGUGGAUCUUCGGUGAGACCUUCCUAUCUACUGGUGGAAUAACCACGACCAUGCAAGUUCUAAAGCAUGUCCAGUUAGGAGAGAACCCUAAAGUACUGGACGUGGGUUCCGGUCUGGGAGGUCACAGUUUCCUUUUUGCUGAAAAAUACGGAGCUGAAGUACUUGGUCUAGAUUUAUCAGAGAACAUGCUCGAAAUUGCUCGGAAACAUUUAGAUAAACGACCACACCUCAAAGACAAGGUCAGAUUCGAGUUCCAAGAUUGCACGAAAAUCGAUUACCCAGAGAACUCAUUCGAUCUCGUGUACUCGAGGGAUGCUCUUAUCCAUAUCCGUAAUAAGACUGAGCUUUUCAAGAAGAUUUACAAGUGGCUGAAGCCUAACGGUUAUGUUUUGUUUACUGACUACGUCAGAGGGGAAGAUGAGAGAAUGUACACUGAAGAGUUUAAGAUGUAUCUGAAGAAUCGGGACUACGAUAUGGCAACGAUAACUGAAUAUAGAGAAGUGUUGGAGAAGAGUGGCUUCAAGAGGGUCCAAGUGGAGGAUUGGAAGGACCAAUUCAAGUAUGCUUUGGAAAUUGAGCUGGACAAGUUGCAAGGGAAGAGGUUAGAAUUCCUACAACAUUUCACGCAAGCUGAUUAUGAAGAUUUGGAGUCAGGGUGGCUGAACAAGGUGUUUAGGGCGAACGAAGGCAAUCAGGGAUGGAUUCUGGGAGUAGGUAGGAAAUUAGGAGAUUGA